GGUCUAAAAUUCAUCCGAAAAUAUUUGAUUUCUCGAAGUACUUUUUUUACUCCAUAUAAACAUCAAUUCUUAUUGUUUCUUCUCUUCUCUCGUAGCUUGCCACGAGCUGUACCACGAUUAUCGGGCCAAGUUCCUGACCAUCGUCUACUGGAUUGCCGCCACCUAUGUGCUGGCCGAUGUCUACUCUGCGCAGCUGACUUCGCAGUUUGCUCGCCCCGCUCAUGAGGCGCCCAUCAACACGUUGCAACGUUUGCAGUUCGUGAUGCAACAGGAUGGCUAUCGCUUGUAUGUGGAGAAGGAGAGCAGUUCCUUGGAGAUGCUCGAGAAUGGCACCGAACUCUUUCGCCAGCUAUACGCUUUGAUGCGGCAACAGCAGCCCGACGAUCAUCGGGCAUUCCUCAUUGACUCGGUGGAGGCGGGCAUUAAGCUCAUAGCGGAUGGCAGGGAGAACAAAGCUGUUUUGGGGGGACGUGAGACGCUCUACUUUAACAUACAACAAUACGGAGCAAAGAACUUUCAGUUGAGUCAGAAACUCUACACUCGAUACUCGGCGGUGGCGGUGCAGAUCGGUUGUCCCUUCCUCGACAGUCUCAAUGAUGUUCUAAUGCACUUGUUUGAGGGUGGAAUUCUGGACAAGAUGACCACAGCGGAGUACGAGGCACAAGCACGCAUGAUGACCAAGGAUCAGGCCCAACAAUCGAAGGAACUGGCUGCCGCUGAAAAUGCGAAUACCAAGAGCAACGAGGCCAAGGCACAGCCUCAACACGCGCAGGACAACGAGAUGAUUAGCGCCUUAAAUCUGCGGAUGCUGCAAGGCGCCUUCAUCGCCCUCGCCGUUGGCUCCCUCACAGCAGCUCUAAUGUUGCUGCUGGAACUCUGCUAUCGCCGCUUGAAUCUAGCGCAGUCGCUGCGUCGUCGACGUCUGCGUUGGCUGCGACGCUGGCGACGCCUUCAGUUGCUUCAGUUGUUUCAAAUGCUGCGUCAGUUGAGCGUGCGAAUCUUUGCACAGAAUUUGGGUUGAUUACUUUAUCGCCUCUCUGCGUUAUUUUUAUGCAAAUCAUUAGUAAUGAGAUUUAGACUUGACUUGGCGCUAGCUUAUUUGAUCACCAUACGCACAGUGACAACAAAGCAACAAGAAUGCUUUGUUAAAAUACAGAAAUUAAUGAUAAUACAUA